CUCAGCGUUGUUAAACACGCGAAAAAGAGUGCAUUGUCUUUGUUGUGUGGUGUUAUCAAAACGCGGUCACAUUGUUUUACCAGGGUUCACCACUGUAUGACAUGAAUUGUACGCGGGAAUCAGUCUUUUAAAUGUCAACGGUUAUUUUGAUGGCUGGUCUUUCUGAAGACGGUGCUUUUUGGAGCUCUUUCCAAGUGCCCUGCUCGCUCUGCGAAGUUUCUUUCUUCAACCCACCUCUGCAUCACCACCCUCCUCUUGGUGCAGUACAUCUCCAGUGAGGAUACACACGGUACAGAGGUCCCUGAGUGGUCGAGCCAGAGAUCAUGAAGUGGAACCUCUUCAAAAAGAAGCCAGAAGCCAUGGUGGGCCCGGAGCCCACGGGACCUGGUGGCACCCACCCGUCACACACCAUGACGAUGGCCCCCGCUGUCUCCACACCUGCGGACAACUCCACCGAGUCUGAGGGGCCUGUCAACAAGAAUGAUGUCUUUGAGGAAAUCAAAAGCAAGUUCCUCAAUGAGAUCGAUAAAAUCCCAUGUAAGUCCUGCAGAGAUGUUUUACAGUCCCACUACAUCAAGAAAAUCAAUAGUAAACACCAGGAUGAUGAUGAUGAAGAAGGAGAAACUGGUUUGACGGAGGAGGAGAAAGAGGAAGAGGAAAAAGAAGUGGAAAAACUUGGAAAGCUUCAGUAUUCGUUGGAUUACGACUUCCAGGAUAACAAGCUGACCGUGGGAAUCAUGCAGUGUGCCGAUCUGAUUUCCAUGGACUCUGGCGGAACGUCCGACCCUUACGUUAAAGUGUUCAUCCUACCAGACAAGAAGAAGAAGUUUGACACCAAGGUGCACAAAAAGACCCUCAACCCAGUGUUCAACGAAUCCUUUGUCUUCAAGAUCGCAUACGAGGAGCUGGGUGGCAAGACGCUGGUCAUGUCUGUGUAUGACUAUGACCGCUUCUCCAAGCACGACAUCAUCGGUGAGGUCAAGCUACCCAUGAACACUCUGGAUCUGGGAAAGCCGAUCGAGGAGUGGAGAGACCUGGAUAGUGUUGAGAAAGAGGAGCCGGAGAAGCUUGGUGACAUCUGCAUCUCUCUGCGUUACGUUCCCACUGCGGGCAAACUGACCGUUUGCAUUCUCGAAGCCAAGAACCUGAAGAAGAUGGACGUGGGCGGCCUGUCUGACCCGUAUGUGAAGAUCCAGCUAUUGCAGAACGGCAAGCGUCUAAAGAAGAAGAAGACUACGGUGAAGAAGAACACACUGAACCCUUACUACAAUGAGUCCUUCAGCUUUGAGAUCCCUCUGGAGCAGAUGCAGUGCCAAAUCCAGACGUUCGUGUAUCUCGCAUAUAGAAGAUCCCAUCUGGCCAAACCUGACAGGCACUAA